UCUAAUAACAUGCUACACUAAAUUUAUAUCAGCCUAAAUCUCCCAUUUAUGUGUUAAACUUUACAUUUCUUGUCAGAAACACAUUUCUAUAAACUAUACGUCACUUUUUACAUUUUUCUACAGUAACAUUUUAUUAAUCAAAGACUGCAAAAAAUUAUUAUAGAAAUAUACUACUAUUUAAAUUACAUAACUAAUAUAAGCAUAUUCAUUUUUUUUUCUAAAAUUAAUUGACCCAUAGAUAUGAAUAUGUGUCAUUUGGCUGAGUCUAAACCGUAAAAAAACCGUGAGAUGGUUUUGAUUGUGUUUAGAUUUGGUUUGAUUUAAAAACCGGUCCAUGAGAAAUCUAUGCAGACCAGGAAAUUAGAAAUCAGACCAAAUCUAAACCAAGCGGUCGUCUGUUCUACUUCGUUUCCCCUACCUCUGAUGGCGGUCGGCAUUUGCAAUGUCUUGGUAACUUGGAUGGAUUCAGCAAGCACUCUCUGGCUCUCUCUUCAGCUUUUAGAAAAUAAUCUCUAAAACCUUUCCCAAGUUUGGGUCUUGCACAACAACACCAAGGUGCUUUAUGAACUGGGUCUUACUUGUUAGGGAAGAAAGGUUAAAACUUUAUGUUUUGUUAAUCGAUGUAGAGACGAUGGAUCUUGUCAGCAGUCUACCGGAAGAGGUUCUUUGUCAUAUCUUGUCUUUCAUGUCCACAAAGGAAGCUGCUUUGACAUCGGUUCUUUCAAAGAGGUGGCUCAGCUUGUGGACGCUUGUACCUAAUCUCGAUGUUGAUGACUCUGUCUUUCUCCAUCCUGAAGAAGGCAAGAGAGAAAGGGAAGGGAUUCUUCAUAGCUUUAUGGAUUUUGUGGAUAGAGUAUUGGCUUUGCAGGGAGAUUCUCCUAUCAAGAGAUUCUCCCUCAAGUGUAAAACCGGUAUUGAUCCAGACCGUGUGAACCUGUGGAUACGUAACGUGCUGCAGCGUGGUGUUUCAGACCUUGAACUUUGCCUUGAUUUUCCUGGAUGCGGUUAUUCUGAUAAUGAUGAUGAAGAUUAUGAGUUGCCUAAGGAGAUGUUCGAGAGCAAGACGCUAGUGGAUUUGAAACUAACGAGUGAGUUCGGUGUUGAUUGGUGGAGGGAUAAAGGUACGUUGUUACCAAUGCUUAAAAGCCUCAGGAUUGACUCGGGGGAGUUGCUUUUGUUAUCUGAUGAGCUUGAGCUGUUUGUUUAUGCUCUCCCUGUGCUUGAGGAACUUUACUUGGCUACUAUGGAGUGGUUUGAUUUGGAUGAAACCGUGUCAAGUGCAAGCCUCAGGAAGCUAACCAUAUAUGCCAAAGGCUUUGAAGGCUUUGGAGGAGAUCCAAAGGGCUUUUCUUUUGAUACUCCAAGCCUGGUUUACCUUGAUUAUUCUGAUUAUGUUGCCGCGGACUAUCCCAAAGUUAACUUGACGAGUUUAGCUGAGGCUCGCCUCAACCUUUUGGUGAAGGAAAAUCAAGUCGAACUAAUACGAGCAGCAGCGCCAAAUGGUGAAGAUGAUGUUGUUAUUCAGCGUUUCAGAAAUGUGUCAAAGCUCAUGCGUGGCUUGAUAAAUGUUGAGAAACUUUCCCUCUCUGCAGAUACUCUCGAGGUGCUUUCUCUAAGCUGUGAUUCAAUGCCUGUGUUCAACAACCUCAAAUCUUUAAACAUCAAGAGUCACAAAGAACGGGGAUGGCAAGCAGUGCCGGUUCUCUUACGAAACUGUCCGCGUUUAGAAACUAUAGUCUUUGAGGGUCUGAUACACUACGUGACAGAUGAUUGUGGGGAUGCUUGUGGCUGUAUUUCCCGGGAGGACAAAGGUCGUUGUUCGCUCGUAUCUUGUCCUGUGAAGAAGAUACAGAUUCAUGGUUUCGAAAUGACAGUACCAGAGAUGAAAGUGAUUAGGCAUUUCUUGGUGUCUUUACAGUGUUUGAAGGAGAUGAAGAUAUAUGCUAAAGAGAAUGAUCCUACAAACUUGCCACUCCCUGCAAUGUUUGAACUUAUCGAGAUGGCUAUGAAAUUCUAUAGUCAGGAGUUUAAGUGUGAUGUAAGCUUCAUAAGGCCAGGUUCCUAGUAAGAAAGUGCGGACUGCACUACCAAAAACUUAGCUCUUAGUUUGGUCAAACUCUGAUUCUUGUUUAAAAGAACUUUGUUCAUAGUUUGUACUGUUUUUCAAACCGAACUGAACUAAAAUCAAUCUGAGAAUCCGUUUAAACA